AUGGCGAAGAAAAACAUUCUGUUGAUGGUCGCCGAUGAUCUCGGCAAGCAACUGGGCUGUUAUGGAAAUACCAAGAUUCAAACACCCAAUCUGGACCAGCUCGCUUCUGAAGGCACCAAGUUUGACCAGGCCUUCACAAGUACCGCAUCCUGCAGUGCCAGUCGCUCGGUCAUCUAUACGGGUCUUCAUACCCACCAAAACGGACAGUACGGUCUGCACAAUGGUCACCAUCAUUUCACCACCUAUGACCAUGUCGAGACGGUACCGGCGCUGUUCUCGAAGCAGGGCUACUACACUGGGUUGAUUGGAAAGGUGCACGUUGGCCCUUCUCAAAUAUAUCCAUGGGACAUGCGCGCCGAGAGCGACAGCCGUGAUGUUGCCUCCGUUGCAGACCAGGCCUCCGCUUUCUUUGAUAGCUCCAAAACCAAGGACCAGCCCUUCUUCUUAACCAUCGGAUUCAUCGAUCCCCACCGAGACCUUACUCGCUCUGGAUUUGGAAAUGCCGAGAAAUACGACCCGCGCGUGCAGAACAUCGAAUACAAGCCAGAGGACGUCCAGGUCGAGCCCUUCGUCAACGACCUCCCGGGCGUGCGGUUCGAAUUCUCCGAAUACUACCAGUCUAUUUCUCGACUCGACCAGGGCGUUGGAAUGGUCCUGGAUGGACUGAAGAAGAGCGGACUGAGCGACGACACCCUGGUGAUCUUCAUGAGUGACAACGGACCUCCCUUCAUCAACUCCAAGACCACCCUCUACGACGCCGGCGUCUGCCUCCCACUACUCAUUAAAUGUCCAGGCACCGACUCCGGCGUGGUGAACCCCAACAUGGUCUCCUACAUCGACAUCUUACCCACCCUCCUCGAUUGGGCCAAGCACCCUAGCCCCAACCAUCCCGCGCGCAUCGGCCGCUCUCUACUCCCAAUCCUCUCCGAAUCAUCGCAGUUAGACGCAUGGAGCCGCGUGUUCGGCUCACACACGUUCCACGAAAUCACCAACUACUGGCCAACCCGCUUCAUGCGCAACCGCCGCUUCAAGUACCACCGCAACAUCGCCUGGAGGCUCGACUUCCCCUUCGCGGCUGACAUCUACGGCUCCCUAACCUGGGAGGAUAUCCGGAACUCCGACGCUAGUCCCAAGAUGAUCGGCUCCCGCCCUCUGAAGGACUACUUCUUCCGCCCUGCCGAGGAGUUGUAUGAUAUCCAGGCGGAUCCUAAUGAGGUCAAGAACCUGGCCAAGGAUCCUGAGUACCAGCAGGUUCUGGAUGAGAUGAGAGCUGCUACUGAAGUGUGGCAGCGUCGGACUGAGGAUCCGUGGCUGUACCGUGAUGGUGUUUCUAUGCUCUUGGUGAGACAUCAUCUUUCGGCUGGAUUGGAGGUUCCCGAUCGUUUCGAUUUUGAUGAGAAUGUUCCCGAGAGUAAGGACCAGCCGAAGUUUGAUAGUAAGCUUGCUUGGGGUGCAGCGGUUGGGAACUAA